AACGACUAUACAUACCCAAUUUUUUCACCCUUUCUAUUAUUGUUGCCAUUUCUUUUUCUAGUUGUUGCCUGUAAAAAAAAAAAAGCGAUAGAUGACAAAAGUAGUCAGUGAAGUGAGCAUCGUCACCUUCACCUCUCCUCCUCAGACAACUCCUUCCUGCUUCGAAACUCCGCCUUGUCUAGGUUGUGUUGGCAACGAGCCCGUCUCUCCUCCAAGCGAUCAAUCUGGAAACAAAUAAUAAUAAUCAUAUAAUAUUUGAUAAUAACAGCAAUUAGUAUCGAGCGUGUAUUUGUUUGCGUGAUGACGUAGCACAGAAACUGCAGUCUUGGGCUUGUGUAGCUAAUGGGAGUUUAUCAACGCUGAUACACUACUAUCGUGAGUUAAAUCACUUUAAAACAAAGCAAAACAAAAGUCAAAAUGUGACAAUUAAUACCUCAGAGGCCACACUGGUGUUCUCCAAUCGCCUGUCUUUCAAUUUAGUCAUUUUAAACAUAAAUAGAUUACAUUCGCAAGUUCCACAGGGCUUUUGGCCACGACUAACGCGGAAGUGGUUUUCUUCUUCGUUGGUUUCAAGCCCUGCCCUCUGCUGCCCCCUUGUGUUUCACAACCAAUGGUGCUGCGUGUUAUUUUUUUAACUGUGCAGUUUAGUCGUUUUUACCUGUUGAAGUAAAUAAUUAAGUUUUAAAAAAACGCGUGUUUUGGUUAAGAUACCGUCAAAUUUGAUUUAUAGCAGGCUGGGGAGAAUUACGAGUAGUUGCUGGACGUUUCUAAUCGGAUUAGAUGACAUUUAAGGACCGUUUAAGCGUCUGAUAACGGCUGAGACAAGACUAAACCGUAUUUUCUUUUUUAUAAACCACAUAAAAUGCCUCUUUUUGUAAACCGUGACCAGAUCUUCGCACAUCAGGUCCACCUGCUUGAACACAAACUGAGAAGUAAAGAGGAGCGAAUACUGGAACUGGAGACAGAGAAUGCAAUUCUUCAUAUAAGGCUUGCAGAGUCUUUGUGGAAAGUGCGUCGGGAGCAAGAGGACGCCGCCAAGGCCCUCCACCGUCAACAGGAGCAACAAGAGGAGAAGAAGAUCACCCGCUUCGCCAUCGCCAAACUCAUUUCUGAGGUCCAGGCUUUAAAGCAGUGCCUCAGUGAGGUUUUUGCCAUCUAUGUGAGUUUCGCCUCUGAGCUAGAAGAGCACAACAAGCAGCUUCAGGAGACACUGCAGUGCAGCGCUUCUCUGAAAGGAUGCAGAGAAGAUGAAUGUCAAAAUUUCCAGGCCCAGUUGACAGCUCUGGAGCGCUCCCUGGAGGAGGAGCGGGUGAAGUGCACGGCGGAGAGGCAGAGGAGGAAAGACCUCCAUAACACGCUGGUGGAGUUGCGAGGGAACAUCCGUGUCCACUGCAGGGUGCGUCCUCUUCUACCCUUCGAUCACGUCCAAGCCUCUCCUCUUGGAUCAGGGCCGGUGUCCUCGGAGCAAAUUGUGCAUGCGAUCAGUGAUGACACAGUGAUAGUGAACUGCAUGAAGGCAGGAGUCCCAGCACAAAGCAAGAUGUUUGAGUUUGAGAGGGUGCACGGGCCAGAAGAUUCCCAGGAAACUGUAUUCGAGGAGGUGAAGCCUCUCCUUACGUCUCUGCUGGAUGGCUACAACGUAUGCAUCAUGGCGUACGGGCAGACAGGAAGUGGGAAGACUCACACUAUGAUGGGAUCCCCCGCCUUGGACGACCACUCAGGGCUGCAGCAAGGUGUCAUCCUAAAGGCCGCCACUGAGUUAUUUCGGCUGAUCGCAGAGAAGCCUCCAGCCAGCCACACGGUGGAGGUGUCGGUGAUGGAGGUGUACAACAACGACGUGUUUGACCUGCUGGCCGGAGACGAGCCAGCGAGCGCCAGCGCGUUCCAUCGCCGGGGGAGCAUUGCUGCGUCGUCCGGUUCCAGCCAGAUCACCUCCCUCACACAGGAGCCUGUGAGUGACACCUGUGAAGUGACGCAGAUCAUGAGCAGAGUGCUGAGGCUCAGAGCUCACUGUCCCACUCACGUGCACGCCGACUCCUCACGCUCCCACCUCAUUGUCACGCUCACUAUUUCCUCGAAGAGUCCCAACGCUCGUGCCCUGGCGCGCAGGCUGCAGAGCACCAAGAAGAACACGCAACACUCCACCCAGAGGCAGUGGUGGAGCCCGCGUUGUCGCCGCAACAACCCCGCCACGCGACACUCCCCGGAUGAUAGCCUGGGAAGCCCCGCCUCUUCCCGUUGCCCCUCCCCUUCGCAGUCUCCUUGCCCCUCCCCGAGAUUGAGCACCUCCGGGGCCCCGUUCAGGACCAAGCUGCAGCUUGUGGACCUUGCAGGGAGUGAGUGUGUUGAUAUGACUGGCGUUUCAGGCGCAGCCCUGUGGGAGGUGUCCUGCAUCAACCGCAGUCUCUCGGCCCUGUCGGACGUCCUUGGCGCACUGGCCGAGCAGAGGCCUCACAUCCCCUACAGGAACAGCAAGCUCACACACCUGCUCCAGGACACCAUAGGUGGCGACGCAAAGCUGCUGGUGAUGCUGUGCGUGUCCCCGACACACCGCUACAUCACCGAGUCCCUGCAGACUCUGGGAUUUGGCGCACGGGCCCGCCAGGUCCAACGAACUCUCUCGAGGAAGAAGAGCAACACAUCCAAAGCUAAGUAAAAAAAGACCGCGAGGAAUUGCACCUAACAUCACAGGAAAUAUACCCACCCUAGGAUGCAUUCAAAUACUGCAGAAACCCUGCCAAGAGCAACAUUUAGAGGCUGUUGGAUCCAAACACUUGUUCCAUAAAGCAUACUUUCCAUUGAUCCAUCACUAAUGCAGAGCCUUAAACAGUAAAUGACACCUUACUGAAUCACUUGUCUCUGUACUGGCUAGAGUAGCAGAUAUUUAGGUAAUUCCUCACCCAAGUAUACAGUAUCAAACUCACUUGAUUAUUAUAUAUUAUUGUUUAUUACGUUUCCAUUGAAACCUGCAUUUUUAUCUUUUUUGUUUUGGGGGGAUAAGAAUUAACAGCAUUAGAAAAAAAGUUGCUAUUUAUACUUCCUGAAGUAAUAAUAAACAUAGUAAUCAUUUCAAAAUCACAUAGAAGUUAUUAUACUUUAUUAUUUAAAUAUAGUUAGCAAAAAUUAACAAAACAGGUAUAUGCAUUCGUAGUAAUAGCACAGUAUAUCCAAUGAUAUAAUAUUUAUUAUUAUUACUAAUAUUAUUAUAUUAUUGUUUUGGUAAUUGUCUUUAUUGGUAGUUUUAUAUAGUUUAAAUAUAAAAUAGUGAGAGUGGGUGGGUGAGUGGGAGAAUAUAAUAGUAAUAAUAAAUGUGUAAUAUAUCAUAAUAAUGCAAUAUUUCCUUUAACAUGUCAUCUUUCACAGUUGUAAAGGUGUGGAAUUGGCAUUUGUGUCAUGUAUUUUCUCACAGGCAAUUGGUACUGUCUGUCAAAUGUUUGCAGCAUUUCUUGAAAUGCUGGCUUUUCAACUGUUUCUUUUGCGAUGACUUUCUGUGGGCGAACACCAUUUUGCGCUGCUCCGUUUGUAUUUUCUUUGCUGACCAAACGUCUCAGUGAGUGUUGACUGUCAUCUCUGUGUGUAGUUUUUUUAGGAAAACUGGGGCGGGUAGACUUGUUUGAGGUGGGCAAGUUUGUUUUAUUGCUACCCCUUUUAAAUAAAAUCAGCAUACUGCCUCGCUUGUGUUGAUGGGAUCAUCUUGCUCAUUAAUGUUCCCACCUGGGGGGUGUGGCAUUUGGCUUUGCAAGCAUCUUUUUUCCUCCUAAUUUCGACUACCUUCCCUUGCAUUGCUCCUCACAAGGCUCCACUCUUUUGCUAUGUGUAUGCUAGCGACCCCGCCUACCCCACAGAGACAAAGAGACUGCAUCACUGACGAGCGCUGUCACUCUGGUUGCUGUUGUUCUAUGAAGGUGCUGAAUCAAUGCAGAGUGAACAAUCUUCCUGCAUGUUUUGAGGCGAGAGAUGAGGAAAACAGACACGCAUGCACAUGGCAUAUAUGGAAAAUGAUCAAGGUCACGUUCACUUAUUGUGGGAUUCAUUUAUUUAUUUAUGGCAAGACAGUUUUUGUUCUGGACGAGAAAUCUCGUAAUGUUUUAAUCUUGCGACGCCCCUCAGUCACUUGUAAUUAAAAUGUGUUAAAGCACAUGCAAGAGUGCGGAUGACCUGCUUUUUUACUCGCAGGAAACAAUUUCAGAUGUCCCAGGCAGCACUCUGCUGCUGUGUUGAUAAUAGCCAAGAAGACUACCUACUUUGACUAUCAGCAGCAGAGCAGCUCUGGUUUUUGAAUUACUGUACUGAGUGUAGGAGGCAGGUGGAAUAUUCCAUAAUCCUGGUCAUUUUUCAUAAUGAUUAUUCACAGCUACUUUGGAAUGACUGCACCGUCUCUGCUUUCGUCGGAGAGAAGCAUGUGGGCAGGCUCAAACUGACGACGACAACGGUGCAAAGCAGGGGUGUCCAAACACCCCUUUUCCAGCGAAAAAUGAAAGGAUGCAACUUUACCACUUUGAUAUUUUGGAAAGCACCGCACGUAGCUAUGCUAAGAAGUUACAUAUAUUUCAAGAAAAGCUGCAUCUCAGCUUUAUUAUAUAAGUGAAAAAACUUAUUAUUAGUAUGAAAUUUGACAUUUUUCCCCCCCGUUUUUGCAGUUUUUUUUUUAAUUUUCCAAAUAUUUACAUUUUCUUCUUAAAUAACUUUGUAUAUUUGCGCCUCACAAUAUUAUGAAUUUAUUCCCAUAAUAUUUUCACUUUAUUCCCGUAUCCCCGCAACCUAAUUAUCCAAAAAUUACUUUCUCAUAAUAUUACAACUUUGAAAAAUAAGUUUUUUUUUCUUUAAUAUUUCCCCUUUGUGGUUCUAAAAUUAUUUUUCCUCAUAAUAUUACAUUAUUCUCAUAAAAUUACGGCUUUUUUCUCUUAAUAUUUUGACUUUUUGUAAAAUGACUGCAGAUUUUUCUGGUGUAAGAAAACGACAUACAGCAUUGCUGGAAGUGAUCUUUGGAAAGAGGGGCUUAUGAUACUUAAGGCGAUUGCCAGCAUCAGGGUAGAGUGACGUAUGGUGCGUAUGAUCACGUGUGACGUAUGUUGUUAUGGCAGCUUCAUGAAUGAUUUCAAUUUGUCAUCAAACAGGCGUUGUUUUGCUCAAACAAGCGCCACCUUUUUUAAGAUACGUUAGUACAAAAUGCCCAACUUAGUUCCUAUUAAGCCUGCAUACAUUCAGUAAAUUAGCUAUAUUUCCCCUCUGGUGGGCAAAUAGGGUCCACGUGUUGAUGGUUCAUUAGAGUUUUAUUAAUUCAAGCAAAUUGUAACAGUUACAUGAUAGUAAUCUUUUUUUUUUUUUUAUCUUCCGAACCGGGCUUUUCUGCCACCCUUCCCUCCUGCCAUCCCUCCCUCAUCCCCCAAACAUAGAAACAGCAAAUCCAUACAAGCGCAGGCAAGUAAGUAGUAACGGCACGAUACAUUCAUCAACUCAACAACACGUUUUGUUUUUUGUACGGACGAUAAGGCAAGUAGAAGAAAGACCGGGACAGACAGAAAUGAUGACAGAGAGUCUGAAGUCUUUUCAAGCCUGAAAAGGCUGAAUCGGACAUUUUUUGUUGAAGCAAACGAGGUAAGGCCUCUCGUUACACAGUAAAGGGGUAUCUGUGUGUGUGUGUGUGUGUGUGUGUGUGUGUGUAGGGGGAAGCUGCCUUCAUUGUUGGUGGUGUGUACGGGUUGUACCUGGAAUCCAAAUC